CCAUGCUAAAUAAUAUUAAUUUGUCAUUGAGUCAAAUUGAGGAGUUAACUAAGGAUGAAGUAUAAAAGGAUCAAUCAACUAAAGUCAAAGUUGAAAAAAAAAUUGAAAAAAGAUUGGGAUCAACAAACAAAGAGGAAUCCACUAAUGUUUAACUUAAAGUAGAAAAGAGAAUUGGCUCAGCCAAACCUAAGGAUUCACUUUAGUAAUAUACAAAUACAAAAAUCAAAAAUAUUUACUAAUUUUUAGAAAAUGUUGAAUCGGACUAAUCUUAAGUUAGUUAGCAAACUCAAUAACAACCAGUGAGAAGUAUAGAAGCUAUUGAGAAGGAACAUGAAUAUCAAUCAAAAAUUUAAUAAUUACAAGGUAUUGUCUAAACAUAAAAAAUUGAAUUGGAUGAAUAACAGAAAACUAUUGAUAAUUUAAAAUAGCUACUUGAAAAAUCAUAAGCAAAAUCGAAGGAAUCAGAGUAGAUUUUUAAAGAAACCAUAAAUCGUAGAUUAAAUGAAUAGAAGGCUGAAUUAGAAGUUGUUAUUAAUAGACAUCUUGGAUUUAUUGAUCAAUUAAUAAAUGAUAAAAAAGAACUUAAUAAUUAAGUAGAAUAGUUGACUAAUGAAUUAAAGGGAAUUGAUAAAUAAUAGAAAAGAUAAUUAGAAGAGUUAAAGAAUAAUUUUGCAAGAGAAAUAAAACAAAAAUAUGAGUAAUGGUAAAUAUAAGAAAAAUAGAAAAGAGAAAAAUGGGAGAAAGAGAAGUUAGUUGAAUUAAAAGAAUAAACAAUUAAAGGUUUAGAACCUGAAUUGAAUAGAAUGAUAGAAAAGAAUAAAUUAGAAAUUAAAAGAAUAGAAGAAAAAUAUUAGAAAGAAAAAGAACUUUAUAAAAUUUAAAUAGUUGAUGAGUCAGAAAUGAAAAUUUAAUUAUUUAAAGAGAAAUGGGCUGCUGAAUAUGAGUUAUUGCAAUAAAAAGAGAGAGAAGCCUAAUUAGUUAAAUAAAAGGAAUUAUAUAGAACAUAUGAGGAUUAGUUUGCUAAAGAAAGGGAUUCAUAUAAAUAAAGAAUGUAAUAGGAUAUUGAAGAUUGUGAAAGAAGAAGAAAAGAAGAAGCAGAUACAUAUGUUAAAAGAAUGAAAUAACUUUCAGAUUCUUAAGCUGAAGAAAUAAGAAGGAUAAAAAAUGAUUGUUAAAGAGAAAUUGAUGAAUAUAAAGAAAAGUACUUCAAUAUGGAAAGUGAAGUAAAAGAAGCAUUAAGAGGUGAUUAAGAAGCUUGGAAGUAACAAUUUACUAUAAGAGCAGAAGCAGAUAUGAAUAGAUAGAUUGAAAAGAUUUAAAAAAAGUUAGAGUAGGACAGAAACGACAAAAUUGAAAAAAUAGUAUAGAAAUUGGCUGAAGAGAAAUAAUAAUAUGAAUAGAAUGUUUAAAUGAAAUAUGAUAAAAAGUUAAGAGAUUAAUAGGCAAAUAAGGAUGAAGAGAUUAAGUAAUUGAAGAAGUAAAUUAAGGCUUUGGAAGAUAGAGAAAAUAAGGAAGGUAGUGAAUAUUAGGAAAUUUAAAAGACUAAUCAAGAUUUGUAAAGAUUGAUAGAGAAACAAGAAUAAGAGAAUCAGAAACAUUUUAAAGAAUAUAAAAAAUUGAAAGAGAAAAUGCUUCUGUAAGAGAUGUUAAUAUUUUAGAUAUAAGGACAAAUUAAUUUAAUUUAAGGAUGAAUAAUAGUUGGAAUUUAAGGGAAUAAAAGAGUCUCAUGAAAGAGAAAAGAAUUGGCUUAUAGAACAGAAUAAUAAAUUAUAAUUUGAGUUGGCUAAUUAAAAAUAAAUAUUGGAGGAAACAUGUAAUUGUAUGUGAAUUCAUGUAGUGAGAGAAUUGGAUAUAAAACAUUCAUAAAAUUUGGAAGAAAUAGAAGAAAAUGUAAAGAGAAUUAUUUUGAAGAAGGAUCAUGAUAUAAAAUAAUUGAAGGAAGAAUUGAGAAUGAAAUAAUUGGCAUGUGAAAAAUAUGACGAAUUAUUGAAGAAAUAAAGAUAGGAUUUACUAAGAUAAGUUGAAUAAUGA